CCAGAAUUAAAGAAUUUUUUCUUUGGUGAAUCUCCAAAGAAAUCGAAACUAGUUUAAACUGACAUUGUGAAGGUCACCAUGAAGGCUAUAUUGGCUGUGUGCGCUUUCGUUUUGUGCGGUAGCUCUCUUGCCGUAAAAUUUCCGUCUGAUAUUCCAAAGUGUAAGAAGGGUGAUUCGGAAUGCAUUGUUAAAUCAGCAAAUCUUGUGAUGGACAUAUAUGCCAAAGGUGGUGAUCGUAAUAUAAAUCUGCUCCCAUUGGACCCAUUAGAUAUUCCUCGGAUUCACAUCGAACAGGGCGAAGAGAGCCCUGUAAAUGUGGUGCUGAUAUUCACAAAUAACACAAUUGUUGGAAUGCGUGACUUUACAUUCUAUAAAAUCGAAGGAUUUAAUGAUAAAGUCGAUGGAAAGUAUGAGAUUCGCUUGAAAGGGCCGCGCCUGGAACUGGUUGGUCCGUAUUCCGUGAAAGGUCGCAUUUUGAUCUUACCCAUACAAGGAGUUGGAAAAAGCAACAUCACCGUAUUGAACCCCGAUUUUUUGGUACGCUUCAACGGAAAAUCAGUCACUCGAAAUGGAAAAACUUAUUUAAAAGCGGAAAAUACCAAACUUUCAUUUACACUCACGAAAAUGCAAUUGUAUUUGGGCAAUUUAUACAAUGGAGACAAAGCACUUGGAGACAACACCAACUUAUUUUUAAAUGAAAACUGGGCUGAAGUUUGGCCAGAGAUUAGGAAAUCUGUAUUUUCAGCAUUCUCACAAAUCAUAGGGAAUAUAUUGAACAAUGUAUUCACAAAGGUCCCCUACGAUGAAUUAUUCCAAAAGGAAAACUAAAGCAACGCACACCGCAUGAAAGUGAUAAGUUGUGCAAUUUCUUUCCAAGUAAUAAUUAAUGAAAUUUAAAAACUUGAAAUGAAAAAAACAUCAAGUUUGUAUUUAAGGUGAAUUUCACAUGUUUCACAAAAAAGCACAAACACACACACUAAAACCUGUCAACCAUAAGUUGGCGCUUACUCGGAUUUAAUAGGUUUUCUUUUGAACGUAAACACAACGAUAUCAGAACAUUUUAACAAUAACAAUUUGUGUUUUGUCGUUAUCAUUAAUAAAGAAGCGCUUGAAAACGAAUAAACAACCUUU